AUUAUCAUCAGGGUGUUACUACAUGCGACCCAGUAAGAGGUAACCACCCGGGCCUCGCUCGCUCGGAGCUGGUUUAGUUUCGGUUUUGUGCUCGGGGGUUUUCACCGGUUGGUAUGAUGUGUCUGCCCGGCGCUCACUGGCUUCCUCAUCCGCCCGGCCCCUGCUGCCGCCGCGGGGACGUGACUGUGAGCUGUGCUUCCGAGCAGCGAGCGUCGAGGAGCAUGUGGUAAACUUUGGACCGCUUGCGUAGUUGUUUUUGUUUUACGGUUGCGGAAGACUGAAGGGGAGCUGCCGCCGCUGUCGCUGCUGGAAGCGAAACUUUAACGCCACGGAUCGAGCUCACUAUGUUCGACCGUCUGUCACCAAUUUAAGAAGAAAGGAUGGAUGACGAGAGAAGCGACGGAGGCGGAGGAGAGGCGGAGUUGGAGGAUGAGUUUGCGUGCGCCGGGAUGCUGCGGGGGUCUCUGACCUCUCUGCACAGCACGGUGGAGCGGAUAUUCAGUGUGGCGUUCAGCAUCGGGGCGGACGAUUUGCCUCACGGCAGCAACGGUCAAAUAUGGCUGAAACUGCGAGGGCCGAGCACCAAUGUGAAAGCCGCCAAGUUAUUUGUGAAAGGAGUUGUGAACCAGGAGGAACAGCAGGAGAUUAAGUAUCCUGGGGUGCUUCACUGUGUCUUCUGCGGAGCCAAAGGCCUGUUCAUGGACAGCCUGAUCAAAAGCACCUCAGCACAUAUAGUGGUCGGCUCUCCAGGAUUCCUGCUCAUAUCUGGCCUGGUGGAGCCGGUGGUGCGAGCCUACUCUCUUAUUACAGACCUGGUAGAGAGGUAUGAGGGCACACAGUCCAAGCGCAUGGGGGACGGAGGCUCAGGUGAGUCCCUGGAUUCACGACGGGCCUUUAAAACUCUGGUGGAGAAGUGGGAAGACAGGCACAUCCUGGAUCUUCUUGUGCUGCCAGGAUCAGUAAAGGAAAUCCUGUUGGACUUGGUGAAAGAAACGGGACUUGGAUCAAGCCCUAGUUCAUCACUGACUGAUGUAAAUACAGAGGCAAGGCCACAUGGGGAUUCAGAGGAUAGGUCUAAAAUACCCAGUGCCCUAAAGCAAACAGUCCCUGAUUCUUCUACCACUACUGAGCGAUGGGCUGAAGGGAUGGCUGCAGGCGCAGGAAAUGACUUUGCAAAUAAAGACUCCUUCCAGGCUUUUUCCAUGUCUGCAGGCACCCGAGGGAGGGCAGAGGGUGCUGAGGAAAGACCCACGCAUUCACCACAGGAGGUGGGAGAAGAGCACUUGGGCCAAGCAACAGCAUCCGGGAAGGAAAAAGAGCAGGAGUUGCAGCUGUCGAUGGGAAACAAGGAGUUUUGGCUUCUUUUGAAAUUCUUUACCGCCAUGGGAUACACAGAGGAGGUUGUGAAACGAGUGCUUGCCAGAACAGGACCUAAAGAGGCAUCGCAGAUUCUGGACUUAGUUCAACAGGAGCAGGACCGCAGUGACCAAGAGCAGAGAAAUCGGGUUCUCCCAAACCCAAAGAGGGAAGACGCUGUCGACAUGAAUCAGACAGAGAAAAACCGACCCUGUGAGACAGAACACAGAGAAGAUGGGGGAGAAAUAGCAGGAGGCGGUGGAGCCAUACGUAGCGAUGGAGAAACUGAAGAAGGACGAGAGGGGGAAGACGCAACAGGGGAUGCAAGACACAAUCAGGGAAAAGUCAGCGCAGACGUAAUGAAUAAAGAGCAAGAGGAAGACUUUGUGCUGGGGGUGUUGAAGAAAGCGGCAGCCAGCUGUGGGUACCCCGAGCAGAACGUAACCAAACUGUACAACUUGUUGCCUGAUGGAUCGACUCACCAGCUGCUCCUGCAGCUGCAGAAAGAGGGAGUCAAAGAGGCAGGAGCCUUCAGAGAAGGACCGAGAGAGAUGGAUGAUGUGGUCUUGGACACUGGCGGGUCAAAACUUCAAAUAAUACCAGAACUUCAGCCUUAUAAACCUCCAGAAGAGAGAGAAUUCGAUGGGCGAGAAAAGAUAAGGGUGUCAAGGAUGGAUAGUAGUGUCCCUAUUGAGGGACGAGAUAUUUGGAAUAAUGAACCCCAGCAGUCGCCGGUGACCUUGUACACCUCACAGCAAAAGCAACACCAGCCUUCAAAGUCACAAACUCCUCACCACAUCAUCCUACCUGGGGUCAAAGGGCCACCAAUGCCUACUUAUGCCUCAUCCAUGGAUCCUCAGCUCACCAAUUUCCAAUCUCAUAAGCAACAAGGCAACACCAACUACUUGCCUAAUCCAUCUCCCACAAAACAGAAUCAUCAUGCUCAGAACAAUGGCUCAAAGCACUCCUUUAAGCAAGCCCUUCAAGCUCCUCAGCCUUUAUUCCCUGGCACGAAGGACUCGUCUCCCACCAGAGCGAGGGACAAACGGGGUUUCGCAUCUACUCCUUCAGUGGUGGUGACAGGAGAGCAGCGAUUCUUGGAGAGCCUGCAGAUCCCCUUUGAACUCAAGCUGACAGACCAGCCCGGAGACCCAACACUGAGGACGAUCAUAAUUGAUGGGAGUAAUGUGGCUGAUGUUCACGGACUCGGUCAUUUCUUCUCCUGUCGGGGAAUCGCUCUGGCUGUACAGCACUUCUGGGACCGAGGCCAUCGUCAAAUCAGCGCCCUAAUUCCACAGUGGAGGCAAAAGAGCGACCCCAGGGUCAAAGAGAAGCACUAUCUGACAGAGCUGCAGCAGCUGGGCCUGCUCUCCUACACGCCAUCCAGAGAGGUCCAAGGCAAGAGAAUCAGCUCGUAUGAUGACAGAAUGAUACUGCAGCACGCACAGAAGACAGGCGGAGUGAUCGUGACCAACGACAACCUGAGGGACCUCUUGGACGAGUCCCCCGUAUGGAGGGACAUCAUUAAAAAGAGUCUUCUUCAGUACACUUUUGUCGGGGAUCACUUCAUGGUCCCUGAUGACCCUCUUGGAAGAGGAGGGCCUCACCUGGAUGACUUCCUGCGUUCAGAGCAUAGGAGUCCAAAUCCAGGAAAUCACUCUUUUGCUGGUUCGGCCUCAUCUUUCAGUUCCUCCAAACAGCCCCGCUCCCAAACAGAGGUCAUCAACUUCCGUGACCGAACGCUAGGGGGCGCACUGGACGCUUUGGGAGCAGGCGGUAGGGGUAGAGGGAGGGGGCAAGGUAAGGGAUGGGACAUGGGACAGAAGCAGAAGCAGUAUGGUGCUACAGGUCAUGGCCAGGGGGUCCGGGCCGAGAGGAGCCCUGACGAAACAGCCAACCUGAGAGAGCAGCUCUGUCAGGUUUUCCCUAAUCAGGACAACAUGGUGACGCUGGUGCUGCAGUGCCACUCGGCAGAGACGGACAUCAACGUGCUGUCUGAUCUGAUUUUGGAGCAGCAAUCAACAAACUAGAAAUCUCUCAGUUUUAGCAUUUCACCAUAGUUUUCUCACAGAGUUGUUAUUCAUUUUC